AUGCUGGAGUCGCAUCGUCGUCAAUUCUCCGAGCUGGACUCGGCCGUCAGCAGACUCCAUGCCGAAAUAAGCAACAUAUUUGGCGUAAUCAAUGAAGUGCGCAAUGACUUGCGAGCUAAACCUCUGGCAAACGAGCGCCCUCAACAUGACCACGGCGAUCUUGAGGUCAUCGCUGGGCAGCUUCAGCAACUUACCAAUCGCGUCAACGAAAUCGAUGGCAUCAACAUGCAAAUGGAUCUUAUGCGGAACCGUGUGAAGCGGCUAGAAGAGCCAAGGUUAGAGCCGACUCCACCUGCUGGCAAUGUUCGCAGACUACCCGUGACUGCGGCCCAUCGAGAACGAGAGGGACCCCACCGGGAGAGUUCUCAUUUCGAAGGCGCGCAUGUACAGCACAGUAUGCCCCCGCAUGCCAUACCGCACGGUCAUCUAGGCCCUCGAUCCCAUCGUUCGACCAUGCAUCCUGUUGGCCAUUCCGCAGGACUACCAUCAUCACAUCAUCCAGGACACCCGCUAGCCAACCCUUCUUCACAGCACUCACCGCAGCUUCCGUUGCAAUCCUCUAUAUCCCAGGCUCCUCCCCAGACCCAUCUCCCGCCAAUGCGGACUGCUUCGAUGGCUUCACCCGAGGUCGGUCAUCCACAAGGCCUGCCCGCUCUCUCAGUAUCGGAAGCUCAGCAGUCGCACGUUCCUCGUCCAGGCUCUGAUGCGAAACCAUUUGCAAAUGACACGUCCACCCCGCAUCCGCCACCUGGCUCUGCUUUUCGUGCAGUAGAGGCAUUGCCAGGUCCUACCGCUCUUUCCGGUUGGCGGCCUGCAGAAUCGUUUCCGUCUCGCAUGUCGCCCGCGAAUGCGUCAAUGAAUGGACGGCCCCCGAACAUGAUGGGAUCAGAAGCGUCCAGCGGCCAAAACAGUGGAUGGGCUGCGGUCAAUGCGAAUGCAGCUGUAAAGCGCGGUCCAGAGGAUCGUCCGUCUCCGUAUCAGUCGCCCAUGUCGGAUGGGUCGAAGCGCCCGAAGUUGGCUCCGCUGAUGCCAAACGUGGCACGGAGUGGCAGUGGAGAGGAUGGCCACAUACCGUCCCAACUGGGCUUCAUGACCUCGACCACAUCAGCGCCAUCCGAGACUCCAACGUACGCACCAGGCCGCGCGCCUUCAGACGGUUCGCAGUCGCAGCUACAAUCGCAAUCUCAAUCUCAGCCGCCAUCUCAUCCACCGUCGCAGCAUCACUACCGCUUUAUUACUUCCACACAGCAAGCCGAUUCGCAGGAAUCGUGGAGGCCUGAAUCGGAACGCGUGCUUCCUCCUGAAGCUCAAGCUGGACAUGGCUCCGGAAGAGGCAGAGGCAGAGGUCGGGGCAGAGGUCGGGGCAGAGGGCGUGGAGGCGUGGCUGCGGCAGCAGCUACUUCACCGACUGUUGCCCACGCCGAGAUGCCACAUCAGGCCAGCCCAGAAAUACCAACAGCAGAGUGGGCCGCGAAUCACGCUGUGCCGCCGAAUGGCUAUUAUAACCCGACACAUUCAUACUCACCGGGAAUGUCAUCUCGUGAUAGCCGCGGUGGUCCUGCAGAAGGUCCUCAUGAGUAUCCCGCUACUCCUGUGCCGCAUAGAUCGCCGCAAGAGCAGUUCGCUGGUGAUUCCAUGUCCAAUUCCGGGAAGAAGACCAGGACUAAGCCAAUAAGAAAUGCGGAAGGCAUCUUAAUUCGCAAAGACGGGAGGCCAGACAUGCGUAGUGUGAGCUCGGCGAACAACUUGCGGAAAGUACACGCAAAGAAAGAAGCUGAACGCGCCGAAAUGGAAGAUGACGAGGAUCAGACCCGCUCUGGUACACCUGUUAGUGUUGGUCCCGAUGGCGAGGCUUCCGACGAGCCUACAGAUGCGCAGACACAACAUCGUGAGCUCAUGAGCAGGAUAUUUCCACAGAGCUCGGAGUCUGUGGGCAGAGUCGCGGAGCAAUUCUUCCCGCGGCAUGAGGAAGAAAGGCCAGUAAAGGUUGAUCCAGAAGUCGAAACCAGGACGCAGGAAACGGAUGGCAUGCAGGAACACAUCGGCGAGGAUCAGGAGAUGGCGGAGGCAAAAGAAGAUCAGGGGCAUGCUGCGGAUGUGGUGAUGAGAGAAGCGGACGAGACGCAAGCCGUGGCACAGCAGACUAGCGGCGGCGAUUCCCAUGAGGCCGGAGCGCCGUCGCAGCGUGGCGAGAAUGGUGGGCCGAGUGUGGUUGCAGAGCAGCAGGCUAGUGUAACCGCGUAG